AUGCCUGUGGCCGAGGCCCCCCAGGCAGCAGGUGGACAGGGUGAUGGAGGAGACGGUGAGGAGGCAGAGCCAGAGGGGAUGUUCAAGGCCCCCAAGAACUCCAAGAGAAAAGUCCGGGACUACCUCCGCCUGGCACCGCUGUGGCUGGCCCUUGUCCUGCUGGCUUCGGUGGGGGUCCUGCUCUGGUAUUUCCUAGGGUACAAGGCGGAGGUGACGGUCAGCCAGGUGUACUCUGGCAGCCUCCGCGUGCUCAAUCGCCACUUCUCCCAGGACCUCGCCCGCCGGGAGUCCAGUGCCUUCCGCAGUGAGACUGCCAAAGCCCAGAAGAUGCUCAAGGAGCUCAUCGCCAGCACCCGUCUGGGUACCUACUACAACUCCAGCUCAGUCUACUCCUUCGGGGAGGGACCUCUCACCUGCUUUUUCUGGUUCAUUCUUCAAAUCCCCGAGCACCGCCGGCCGAUGCUGAGCCCCGAGGUGGUGCGGGCGCUGCUGGUGGAGGAGCUGCUGUCCACGGCCAACAGCUCGACCCCUGCCCCCUACAGGGCCGAGUACGAGGUGGACCCGGAGGGCCUGGUGAUCCUGGAAGCCAGCGUGAAAGACAUAGUUGCUCUGAAUUCCACGCUGGGCUGCUACCGCUACAGCUAUGUGGACCAGGGCCAGGUCCUCCGGCUGAAAGGGCCCGACCACCUGGCCUCCAGCUGCCUGUGGCACCUGCAGGGUCCCAAGGACCUUAUGCUCAAGCUUCGGCUGGAGUGGACGCUGGCCGAGUGCCGGGACCGGCUGGCCAUGUACGACGUGGCUGGGCCCCUGGAGAGGAGGCUCAUCACCUCGGUCUAUGGCUGCAGUCGCCAGGAGCCAGUGGUGGAGGUCCUGGCGUCCGGCGCUGUCAUGGCGGUGGUCUGGAAGAAGGGCUUACACAGCUACUAUGACCCCUUUGUGCUCUCCGUGCAGCCCGUGGCCUUCCAGGCUUGUGAGGUGAACCUGACCUUGGAGGGCCGUCUGGAGCCGCAGGGCGUCCUCAGCACGCCUUACUUCCCCAGCUACUACUCGCCCAGCACCCACUGCUCCUGGCACCUCACGGUGCCCUCUCUGGACUAUGGCUUGGCCCUCUGGUUUGACGCCUAUGCUCUGCGGAGGCAGAAGUAUGACCUUCCGUGCACCCAGGGACAGUGGACAAUCCAGAACCGGAGGCUGUGUGGCCUGCGCACCCUGCAGCCCUACGCCGAGAGGAUCCCUGUGGUGGCCACUGCCGGCAUCACGGUCAACUUCACGUCCCAGAUCCCCCUCACCGGGCCCGGCGUGCAGGUGCACUAUGGCUUGUACAACCAGUCCGACCCCUGUCCCGGCGCCUUCCUCUGCUCUGUGAACGGACUGUGUGUGCCCGCCUGCGACGGGGUCAAGGACUGCCCCAAUGGCCUGGAUGAGAGAAACUGUGUCUGCAGAGCCACAUUCCAGUGCCAAGAAGACAGCACAUGCAUCUCCCUGUCCAGAGUGUGUGACCGGCAGCCUGACUGCCUCAACGGGAGUGACGAGGAGCAGUGCCGGGAAGGGGUGCCUUGUGGGACGUUCACCUUCCAGUGUGAGGACCGCAGCUGCGUGAAGAAACCCAACCCACAGUGUGACGGGCUGUCCGACUGCAGGGACGGCUCCGACGAGCGGCACUGUGACUGUGGCCUUCAGGGCCCCUCCAGCCGCAUCGUGGGCGGGGCCGUGUCUUCGGAGGGUGAGUGGCCCUGGCAGGCCAGCCUCCAGGUUCGGGGCCGACACAUCUGUGGGGGGGCGCUCAUCGCGGACCGCUGGGUCAUAACAGCCGCCCACUGCUUCCAGGAGGACAGCAUGGCCUCCCCGGCGCUGUGGACGGUAUUCCUGGGCAAGGUGUGGCAGAGCUCGCGCUGGCCGGGGGAGGUGUCCUUCAAGGUGAGCCGGCUGCUCCUGCACCCCUACCACGAGGAGGACAGCCAUGACUACGACGUGGCUUUGCUGCAGCUCGACCACCCGGUGGUGCGCUCGGCCGCUGUGCGCCCCGUCUGCCUGCCCGCGCGCUCCCACUUCUUCGAGCCGGGCCUGCACUGCUGGAUCACGGGCUGGGGCGCCCUGCGUGAGGGCGGUGAGCUGGCGGGGCUGCGGGGAGGGCGGACACUGAUACAUUUUAAGUGGAGAGUGGAGGGGUCAGAUGUGUGCGCAGGGCCCACCAGCAACGGUCUGCAGAAGGUCGAUGUGCAGCUAAUCCCACAGGAUCUGUGUGGUGAGGCCUACCGCUACCAGGUGACGCCCCGCAUGCUGUGUGCUGGCUACCGGAAGGGCAAGAAGGAUGCCUGCCAGGGCGACUCGGGAGGUCCACUGGUGUGCAAGGAGCCCAGUGGCCGCUGGUUCCUGGCCGGGCUGGUCAGCUGGGGCUUGGGCUGUGGCCGGCCCAACUACUUUGGUGUCUACACCCGCAUCACAGGGGUGAUUGGCUGGAUCCAGCAGGUGCUGACCUGA